AGUGUCGUGUCAUGUCAAGCAGGGUGGGGUGGGUUUAGCCUGGCUUGUUCCACGUAACUAGUUUAGCUCUUUGUGGGAGUUUUAACAAGUUGCUGCAGGUGAUGAGGCGUCCAAAGGGGUAUUUUUCAGCACUAGCUCCAGUCGGCCGAGUGUGCUUGUGUGGGAGAGCAGGUUGGACUGAAGAAAACAUGUUUGGACUUGAAGGGAUUUAACGUGAACUUCACCUGGAGGUAGAUUUGACCUCCUUAGGGGUGAUGGUGAAUCUCGCCGAUUAGACAGAGCCCGCUCUCCCCCGCUGCCUGGGUGGUGAGGAGUUAUCAGGGAUGAAGGAGCAGUGCCGAGUCUGUGCUUCGGAGCUGAAGGGAAACCAACGGCGCUGGAUCUUCAGUUCCCGAGCAGCGGUGAACCUGCAGGUGGUUCUCUCGCACGUGCUGGGACAGAAGGUCACCCGCGAUGGCCAAGGCGAGUUCCUGUGCGGCAAGUGCACCUUUUCGCUCGAGAGGGUCUACCGCUUCGACACAGUCAUUGCCCGCGUCCAGGCCCUCUCCAUCGAGAAGAUCCAACGCCUCCUGACCGAGAAGGAUAGGUUGGCGCAGUGCCUGUGUUACCUCCAUGGGCAGCACCACCCUCCGGCCAAAGGCCUAUGCUACAAGGGCCAGGACAUCACGGUGGACAUUGCUGACCUUCCACACGUCCAGUAUAACACCCUGCUCCAGGACGACCUGGCCAUGUCUGAGUAUGAGUGCUGGUCAGAGCAGAGCGGGAGUGAAUUGAACGCUUGCUCCUGCCAGCACAGGAACUGUUCUGGAUGCAGCGCCUUACUGGUCUCUGACUCCACCUACGAGUCAGUGUGCAAGAUCCCUCGUCGGCUGGCACGUGCCCUGUCUAAGGGGCACCUCUCUCAGCUUUCCAAGAGCAAGUCACGGAGCAUGCCCCUGGACUGGCUUCAGACCCCAGAGAGGAGAGUUUCCAGCAGCAGCUCUGUCCAGUCGCUCUACACCGACAGUUCCCAGCCCAGCUCCCGCUCGACGUCCAUUUCCUCACUCGGUGCAGUCCCCAGCUCUGUCAAAGGGAGCGAGGAUCUAGUGUUCGAUGACAGCCUGUCUCAGAGUUCCACGCUAGACCAGUCACUGGCCGCCGUGUUGCAGUGGAUGAGGGGUGUCGUGUAUCGGCCUGUUCACACUCUGCCCGGCAGCAAGAUCCCAGUCCGUAUCUGGAGCAGCAGUAGAAUAACAUCAAGCAGCCCGGUGACCCCACAGCGACAGCUCAGCUAUGGCGGAGAUGAGGAGUCCUUUCGGGAGCUGAGGAGUGAAUUCUCUGUGGAGUAUCUCCCCUUCAAUCUGGAGAAGUUUCAUAAACAUGAAGCUAAACGCGAUGGGUUGCAGCAGACAGUCGGACAGCUGAGCGAACAACUCGAAGUUGCCAGGAGCUGCAUCCAGAGCCUGGAGGCUCAGAUCAAAGAAAAGGAAAGAGUCUCCCACCAGCAGGAGUUGCGUUUACAAACUGGGACAAAGAGCAGCCUAGGUGAUCAGAGCUGUCAGAACCAAAUGAUACAGCGCCUGAUAUGUGAACUACACAGCAAGGAGCAGCUGUUACAGGAGUGUGUGGAGUUAAUCUCACAGCUCACUCGUGGCACCAGGUCUGUGAGUGACACAGAGGCCGACAUGGUUGGAACACUCCGAAUGCGGUUGAAGGAUCGAGAUAAAGCUCUGCAGCAAUCUGCGGAUGAGAAAUUCACUGCCAUUGAGGAGGAGGAGGCUGAAAUCGGGCAGCUGCGGUCAGCCCUGAGGGAGAAGGACCAGGAUGUGAACCGUCUAAGCGAGCUCCUCGCCAACAAUGAGGAAUUGAUCAAUAUGUUGAACCACACCCUGAAGAAGAAGCAUGCUGCUGUUGAACAGCUGGAGACACUGUGCACAAGCCUGAAGGAACUGUCUAGCCAGCGGGAUGAGAAGAGAGUGUGUGCCCUGCGGGAGAAAGAUAGCAUCAUCAGUCAGCUCCAAGCAGCUCUCCAGAACCGUGCCAAAGAUGUGGAGGCCCUGACAGACUCUCUGCUCAGCCAGGGUCUGAGUGAAGGCUCCGACAGCUCCGCACGCCUCUGCCUGAGACUGAAAGACAAGGAGCGUCUUCUGUCCCAGGCCCUUGUAGAACAGGAUCGCCAGGCUACUGAGCAAGUGAAAGCCAUCGAGGAGCUUUUAAACAGCAUUGGUAGGAAGGAUCAGGUUAUCAAGGAAAUAUCAGAUCGCCACAUGGAAACGCUUGCAGUUCACACUCAGGAAGCUCAUGCCCUCAAACAGCAGCUCUCUGCCAAAGCCAAAGAGCUGGACAAAUUGGCCAAGUUGGAUUCUACAGCAGCACAGGAGUGUUUCAUUGAACUAGCUCACCUGAAGAUGCUUCUCGAUGAUAAGGAUCAACUGAUUGUGAACCUAUUGGACGAUGGAAAGGCGAGAGAUCAGGUCCUCUUGUGCCUCCAGGACCAGCUACGUGACAGUGUGCUGCUGAAGGUCGGUGUGAAGCAGACCCUUUGAGGCUGAAGGUUAUAGGUGAAAGGUCGUUCACCAGGUUGGCACACGCCCUUCGACCCUGCACCUACCCAGAGUAACUGCAACAUGGUGGCUGUCUUGUGCUUUACUGAUUCGAAUCUCUCUUCCUGACAUGAACAAAAGCUGAGCUCUCUCUGUUCAAUGGAAAUUUGAAUACUCCACAUACAAUGACUAACCCAGCAAGCUGAGAAACGUCCUGCCUAAUCAUUCUCUGUAUCGCAUGUUUGAGGUUAUUACAGAAAUUCGACACCGCUGCUGCCGCAACAUCAGAAACUGCUGAAGGUUUUGGGUGAAGGAUGCAAUGGGUCUGAGUGUGCAACCCGAACAUUAAACUCUGCUUCCAGCUGCAGACAGACUGUGUGGAGCCCAAACAUUAAACUCUGCUUCCAGCUGCAGACAGACUGUGUGGAGCCCGAACAUUAAACUCUGCCUCCAGCUGCAGACAGACUGUGUGGAGCCCGAACAUUAAACUCUGCUUCCAGCUGCAGACAGACUGUGUGGAGCCCGAACAUUAAACUCUGCCUCCAGCUGCAGACAGACUGUGUGGAGCCCGAACAUUAAACUCUGCUUCCAGCUGCAGACAGACUGUGUGGAGCCCGAACAUUAAACUCUGCCUCCAGCUGCAGACAGACUCUGUGGAGCCCGAACAUUAAACUCUGCCUCCAGCUGCAGACAGACUGUGUGGAGCCCGAACAUUAAACUCUGCCUCCAGCUGCAGACAGACUGUGUGGAGUCUGAACAUUAAACUCUGCCUCCAGCUGCAGACAGACUGUGUGGAGCCCGAACAUUAAUCUCUGCCUCCAGCUGCAGACAGACUGUGUGGAGCCCGAACAUUAAACUCUGCCUCCAGCUGCAGACAGACUGUGUGGAGUCUGAACAUUAAACUCUUGCUUCCAGCUGCAGACAGACCGUGUGGAGUCUGAACAUCAAACUCUGCCUCCAGCUGCAGACAGACCGUGUGGAGCCCGAACAUUAAACUCUGCCUCCAGCUGCAGACAGACUGUGUGGAGCCCAAACAUUAAACUCUGCUUCCAGCUGCAGACAGACCGUGUGGAGUCUGAACAUUAAACUCUGCUUCCAGCUGCAGACAGACCGUGUGGAGUCUGAACAUCAAACUCUGCCUCCAGCUGCAGACAGACUGUGUGGAGCCCGAACAUUAAACUCUGCCUCCAGCUGCAUACAGUCCGGCUUUUGCAUUGUCAACAUGUCAGCCUCUGGAGUAUUCGCAAUGUUCUCUCUUUUUUUCGAAGGUGUCACGUUGAUCCUGGAGAACAAUGUUCCCCAGAGCAGAGGAGUUGAAUAGCCAAAAAUUGCCAGCCAGCCAAAUUAUCUCCCCUCUCCUGGUCAGACUUGUUGAAACUUUGCGAGAUUGGAAGUGGGUUGGGAGGGAAUGUGGUUUUUAAAUAUAUUUUCUCUUGUACUUGUGGGAAUGGCCUUUAAAGUGCCUUAUGGUUUUUCAGUAAAUAGCACCAAUGCUGAUGAACCAUUUUCUCUGCUGCUGCAGCCUGGUCCUUUACCUUGCCAUAGUCGUAUGAAGUGGUCCAUGUAGGUGUGAUGUGGCACCCUCAGAUUACAGUUUCUCCAUCACACUUUGAAUCUCUCUUUCCUCGUUCUUUUUCCCUUUCCCCUCCUUGCCCACCUUUCACCCCACUCUUUCUUUCUCUCUCUCUCUCUCUCUCACUUCCCCCCACCCCCUCCUCCCAUCUCUUUUCUGCCCCCUCUUUUACUCCCCACUUUCUUCUCCCCCCUCUCUUCAUUUCUCCCCCAGCCUCCUCCCCGUGUCUGUAAAUUGACAUGCCCACCCUGCUUCUGUACAGGUCACUCUGUCCACCUGUCCUGAGUUUAAUGGGCCCUCGCUUUGAUCGAGAGCCAGGGAUCUAGCCCUUCGUCAGCCCCCUGAGGGUGACUCGGUGCCUUGCGAUGUGCAAUGUGAACAUUCGACGCAGCGCUGCUUAAUUCAAAUAAAAAAACAAUGCCGAUUCUUGAAUAAUGCACUUUAAAGUAAAAAUGUAACUUGCAGCAGAGCCUGACACGGUCACUGCUUCAGCCUUGGGGUAAUCAGCCACACCCAAACCAUGACAUCCUCCAGCAGAACAACUCGAUGUUCAGAGGGAAUUGGAUCCAGUGACCAGGUGCCUGGUGGAUAAAGAGAGGUUGUGCUAGCUGGUCUUUGGAUGAAAUAUUAAUCUCUCGUUCCUGUGGUCUUGAAGGAGCUUCUACUUUUGGGGAGUUACUUGCAGCUCCAGCCUCGGGGGAGAGAGAGAGAAGAGAAUGGUUUUGAGGUGGAAUUACACUUCCUAGUUUCUGGAGACUUGGACUUGUUUUACACCUCCCUCUGAUACAUGGUUGCGCAAUGCACAUUGUGUUUUAAGUGCAAUAUGACAUGGGCAUUACUACCUGGGACAAAAGGGUGAUUGGCUGUUUGGGUUAUGUAUUGGGUUACGCUGGGUGGGGGAUUUGUGGGAGAUGAGAGACACACUGUUCCCCACUUUGUGUGUGAUCAGGAUUUGAGGAUAGUGCUGAUUUCUCCCUCACUCUCUCCUUCACUCUCUCCUUCACUCUCUCCUUCACUCUCUCCUUCACUCUCUCCUUCACUCUCUCCUUCACUCUCUCCUUCACUCUCUCCCUCACUCUCUCCCUCACUCUC